GUGCCUUCUGUAAGUCAGUGUACACAUUUGUAAGUGGCUAGCUUGCGUUUUGCUGUUGAUUUGCACGAGGCGCAACUUGGCUCUGCACCGUGUUAGCUACGCGUGCCUUGCCAGGCGCUUCAUUCUUUGUCCCCCAGGUUAUAGCUAUCGUUGUAGACAGAUUUCUGAAGACUGCCCAAUGAAACUACCACCAUAUGAGCCACUACUUAUCGUGUCCUUGUCGGAGACACUACGCAUACACCCUGCUUCAGGUGAGAGCAGUCCAUUAGCUUCUGCUUUCAACAGUUAUCUCUACAACAUACCCAUGAACAUC